AUGAGAUUCUCCUCCAUCGCCUCCUGUCUCACUGCCGUGGCAGGUCUUGUGAACGGUGGUCCUGUGACCCCAUGCAAGCCGACAAAGCCACCAUAUUUCCUUCUCGUCGGCGACUCUACCGUGGCCGUCGAUGGAGGCUGGGGCGAUGGUUUCUUGAGUUACCUCCAAGACGGGGGAGAGGGCGAGAACAGAGCCAAGAGCGGAGCAACGACUGUUACCUGGAAAUCUGACGGGCGAUGGGACUGGUUGGUGGAGACCAUUGGAAGUGUCAAGGACGAUUAUGAGCCCAUUGUGACCAUUCAAUUUGGACACAAUGACCAAAAGGUCAUGACCUUGGAUGAGUUCCGAGUCAACAUGGUCGGCUAUGCCGACGACAUCAAAGCCCUGGGUGGCACUCCGAUCUUCAUCUCCUCCCUCACCAGACGCACCUUCAAAGAUGGCAAGGUCGUCCAGAACCUCAAGGAGUGGCGUGACGAGGCACUGGUGGCGGCAGAGGCGGCUGGGGUCCAGUUUGUCGACCUCAACAUGGCGAGCACCACAUAUGUCGAUGCCAUUGGGGCCGAGAAUGCUCAGUACUACAACUGGGAGCCCUCGGAUCGAACUCACUUGAACCCGGCCGGUGAAAUAGUUUUUGGUCGCAUGACGCUUGACCUGGUGUUGGAGGUCCGCCCUGAUCUUGAUCGGUACUUUGAGGCCAAUGAGGCCCUCAGCGAGAAGAUUGAGAAUGGCGAAUUCACCACGGGCGAGGAGUAG